CUCGAUGUUCAGUACUUAAUGCCAAGGUAUGUGAGAAGUAUAGACGAGGAAAAACAAGCUCCUUCGCGGACCGUAAAAAUUAGCAGGCAAUAAUAUCAAAAUAAGGAUAUCGCAUGCCCUCCGAGUCAUGGGGAGUUAUAGCAGAAAAUGAUCUCGUUGACUGGUCUUGCAAUUUUUCCAUCCAUCAAGGGGAAAUGGAAACGAACGCAAUGGAAGAAGCAGCAAAAGUGGUCACAGGUCAGUAUGCCUAUCGAAUUCACAAACGGAUGCCCAGCAAGUUUAUGAAAAUGUUCUACAAAUAUGCCGAAAUUAUCCCUCUCCCAUACCAUUCGUACAGUAUAAAAAGACUGGAAUAAUCUCGUGCAAAGACCGAACCCUCAUGAAUCUUCUACGGUCCGCUCUUGCGACUCUCCUCUUGUUAGUCACUGUGCAAGCAACUGGCGUCGCCCCCGGUCAAAUCAAGAACUUCGUGACGUUCGGGGACAGCUACACUGACAUAAUAAGCGUCGGUGAUGGAGGGACCGCCUGGCCUGUAUACGCGUCGGGUUACGCGAAUAUUUCUCUUUUUCCAUUCGCAAAGUCUGGUGCAACUUGUUCGAACAAUUUGACGAACCGACCCUUUCCUUCGGUGUUCGAAAGCCAGCUGCCGACAUACUUUGAGGAAACGAGUAAUGGAACGUUGAAGUUGAAGCCUGAAGAGACUAUCUACACGUUGUGGAUUGGAACAAACGAUCUUGGAGAGAGCGCACUUCUCACCGGAGACGACGCUGCUUCAUUGGUAGAUGUGACGACUUGUAUGGUAAAUUGGGUCAAAGUCUUGUAUGAAAGCGGAGCGAGGAAUUUCAUAUUCCAAAAUAUAAACCCCUUACAACACACCAUUCUGUAUUCUUCGACUGGUUACUAUACCAAAUUUUGGACCUUCCCUCGUAACGCAACCAGUUGGAGCGUAUCUAUGACUGAACUUGCCCUUUCUGGAAACGAUCUCACACAGCUGAAGCUACAAGCCCUGCUACCGCAAAUUCCUGAUGCCCAUGUUGCUCAUUUCGACUCCCACAGCCUGUUCCAAGACAUGUUCGACAACCCUUCCCAGUAUUUGAACGGUACGGCACCGCUCAACGUUACAGGCUGCAUCAAUUCGUGUGUCUUCCAAGUGAACGAGCCAGAUAGCGGUGUUUGCACGCUGGUCAAUGGAACGGAUCGGGACAGUUACCUCUGGUACGAUGAACUUCAUCCUAGUGAGCAGGCGGAUCGAAUUGUGGCGAGGGAAAUGGCUUUAGUGAUGGAAGGAAAGACGAGUAAGUGGGCCACAUGGUUAAGUUGAAUAAUCUUUCCAUUCGUUCCAAUACACACGUUAGUUCAAAUAGAAAGCGAUAUAGGAGCAAAUCUCACCUUACAUCCAUACCGUGC